UGAGUCAGAACCAAGCCGCCGACGCGGACCCCACAGAGCAGCCAGCCCAGGGCAUGUUCCGAGACUUCGGGGAACCCGGACCGAGUUCCGGGGCCGGCGGUGCGUACGGCGGCCCGGCGCAGCCCCCGGCGACAGGCCAGCAGCAGUUCCACUUCGUGCCAAGCAUCAAUGCUGUGAGUGGCAGCCAGGAGCUGCAGUGGAUGGUUCAGCCUCACUUCCUGGGACCCAGCAACUACCCCAGGCCUUUGGCCUAUCCCCAGUACAGCUACCCACAACCCCGGCCAGGAGUCAUCCGGGCCCUGGGGCCACCUCCAGGGGUACGUCGCCGGCCCAGUGAACAGUCCGGAGGAGGAGGAGCGCCGUCGAGUGAGGCGCGAGCGGAACAAGCUAGCCGCAGCCAAGUGCAGGAACCGGAGGAAGGAACUGACCGACUUCCUGCAGGCGGUGAGCAGUGGUCGGAGACUGACAAACUGGAAGACGAGAAAUCAGGGCUGCAGCGAGAGAUUGAGGAGCUGCAGAAGCAGAAGGAGCGGUUGGAGCUGGUGCUCGAAGCCCACCGCCCCAUCUGCAAAAUCCCGGAAGGGACCAAGGAGAGUGGCACUGGCCGCACAGGCGGCACCAGGGGCACCAGCAGCCCACCAUCCUCUUCCGGCCCUGUGCCUUGUAUCUCCCUUUCCCCAGGGCCUGUUCUUGAACCCGAAGCAUUGCACACCCCCACGCUCAUGACCACACCCUCCCUGACUCCUUUCACCCCCAGUCUGGUCUUCACCUACCCAAGCACUCCUGAACCCUGUGCCUCAGCCCAUCGCAGGAGUAGCAGCAGCAGUGGGGAUCCGUCCUCUGAUCCCCUCGGCUCCCCCACCCUCCUGGCUUUAUGAGGCACCUCAGCUCCCCUCCCUGCGGGUGCCACCCUAGCCAACAUAUCUCCAUCCAUUGGUCCAGCUGGCCUGGGCCAUAUCCUAUGCCCAACCCCAGCAGGUUCUUCUCCAUCCCUCCAGAUGAGACUGAGCAUAUUUUGCUUCCUAGUCGAGCCAGCUUGGGGGCACCAAAGCUGCCCAGUUUCUCUAGAGCUGGCCUCUCUAGAACAGUUUGCACUAAAUCAGAGACAAAAUAUUUCCCAUUUGUGCAAGAGAACUCCCAGCAGCCCCAAAUGACUUUGGAGAUCCCUAGUGGUCCUCUGGAGCCCUAACCCCCUCCAGACCACCCCUAUAGUCUUCAUCACCCUCUUCCUGUGAUCCAUCCAACCUUACCCCUUGACAAGUGAUAUGCUACCAGCCUAGAACACUAACUCACCCAGCCCCACUACCAGCAGCACCAGGUGAUUGAACCAGGGCAUUUUGCUGACCCCUCUUGAAAACAAGGCUCAAGAGGGUGCCAGAGGCUUCUGUGAUGAGCUGACCUGCAGUACCCAGCUCUGAGAAGACUUUAGCUCCGGAGAUUCCAGGGAAUCCAAGCCUCCACCGCAAGGGCAGCUGCUAUUUAUUUUCCUAAAGAGAGUAUUUUUAUACAAACCUGCCAAAAUGAAAUAAAAGGCUUGAAGCUCUG